UGCUAAAUAAUAGUUCCACCAGCGAAGGUGUAAAAAAUUUAGUCCACGAACAAAGUAAAUGAAAUCCGCUUCUGAGCCAGUCCAGGGAAUACCUUUCUAAUUCAGUGACGAAAAGCGCGAAGGAAAAAAAAAGAAGAUAGAAGACCCCGAGCCUUAAAUCCGCAACUUGUGAUACACAGUCAAGACACACCAUGAAGUACUGGAUUUAUUUAUGUGCUGUUCUUCUAUUAACGCUUGCGUCUAGAGGUUUUGCCAGGAAACAUUCAAAAAAGGAACAUGUAACACACAAAGAAAGCAAAAAACAGGGAGGGCACCACCGCCAUGGAAAUAUCAUACGAGGUAUGUCAAGCACAGAGAACUCAAGCAAAAAAUCUGACGAUUUCCAACAAGUUCCAGGACUGAUGGAUGCUGGAGGAAGCUUGGGAGGAGGAAUGAACGGUAUGGGAGGCGGCAUGGGUGGAACAGGUGACCUCAGCAUGGGCUUUGGCGCAGGGGCCACCUCGAUUGGUGAGGGUGGUGGAGCCACCAUGGAAGGUAUGCCAUCACUAAUGGGUGGGCCCAUGCAAAUGCCAGGUGGAGGUAUGGCUGGACCAGCGGCUUCAAUGCAAGGCAUGGAGGGAGGACCAAUGCCGAUGCCCAUGGGAGGAGCUGGAGGCCCAUCGGAAGGUGGACUGAUGUCUAAGCAGUUUAUCGAAGGAGGAGAAGGAGGCAUGGGAGGUGGCAUGCACGCAAUGCCAAGCAUGGCCGGAAUGGGCGGUAUGGGAGGAAUGGGUGGCAUGGGAGGCAUGACCUCGAUGGGAGGAAUGGGUGGCAUGGGCGGAAUGGGAGGCCUUGGAGGCAUGGGCGGUGGAAUCGCUGGAAUGAACAUGGAAGGAGGUAAGACCAUAAACACGUGUCUUGACAUAGAGGUAGACUUACUCCGUUGCGAGAUGGUUGAGAAGGGACCAGCCUUUCACAUUUGCAGACUGCAACAGCGGAGAAUAUACCCUUACUAAAACUAACCUCAAGCCUACAACCCAACAUUACUCCUAACGCUCUGCAUCUAAAAAGUCUAAACCAACCGUUACAACAACCAAAAAAUUGUAGUUUGCAUUCCGAAAUUUGGAAAUGUGCCAUUUACGACUUAUCAUGCCGUGCAAUUUUAUCUAUUUGACUACUGACGAUUUCAUUAGCGCCCUUUCGACUUUUGUAGAAUUAUAGUCGAUGAAAACUCAGCUGCAAGUUGCAGCAGCUGGGUUCCCUCUGGUAAUAGUCUUCUAAAUUUAUUUGA